UCAGCAUCCGAUCGCAGCUGCCGAAGAUGGCGGGCAACUACUACUUUGUGAUGGUCGGUCACCACGACAACCCCGUUUACGAGAUGGAGCAUUCGUCGGCGUCGCGCAGCGACGCGAAGCGGGAGGACCACCGACAUCUGAGCGAGUUCAUUGCACACGCGGCGCUCGAUCUCGUCGAGGAACAACUGUGGACGACGAACAACAUGUACCUGAAGAUCGUCGACAAGUUCAACGAGUGGUUUGUGUCGGCAUUCGUCACGGCUGGCAGGAUGCGACUAGUGAUGCUGCACGAUGCAAAGAACGAAGAUGGCAUUAAGAGCUUCUUCACUGAGAUCUACGAGACUUACACAAAGCAUGCCCUGAACCCGUUCUACGAACCAAACUCGCGCAUCAAGUCAGUCGCCUUUGACAGGAAAGCUCAGAUAUAUGCUCGCAAGUUCUUGACUGGAUAACCGUCAAUUGAGCAUUUGAUUGUCAGUGCUUAAACAUUUCCUCAUCGACGGAUUAACAUCAAUUGAACAUUUUUUCUUUGAAGCAGUAAAACACCUAGAGGCUUGACG